AAUCUUCGUUUGUUCUCUCUCUCUCUCUCUCUCUCUCUUCGUUUUUGCUCUCCUUUUAAAUUAGCAGCAAAAGAACACAGAGAAUUUUCUUGCCAAGUCCUCAAGAAUUCAACUUGUUUUCGUAUCCAUGAAAGCUAAUCUCUGUCUCACAAGGUUGGUUUUGGUACGUGGAUUUUAACUUGGAGUUCCUUGUAUGAAGAUGGACAUCACUCUUUUGGAUAAUGACAUGGAGGGCAUUGAAUAUGAACCAUCUGAAAAAUCACUAGCUUCGUGUUCCCUUUUGGAUGAAAUUUCUGGAGAUCCACAGCUGGUUCCUCGUGUUGGAGAUCAAUACCAAGCGGAAAUUCCACCUCUAGUUGGCGAAUGUCGGAGUUUACAGGUUGUAAUGCGACCAGUGGAUGUAAAUGUCAUAUCGAAUGUCCCGAACCCUUUUCCAACAGGGUUGCCUAUCCCUCUUUUCUGGACAAACACUGAAGUUGAAAGCAUAAGUGGUGCUUCUGAGUUGGAAAACAUUGAUGAGAGCCGCAUUACUUCGAGCCAUGGCUGUGGAGAGUAUAAAGUUGAAAAUCUAUACCCUACAUUAGGUGAUAGGAAAGGCAUGGAAGAGAAUUUUGAGCUUCAACCUAUAACUGGGGCUAAGAUGGAUUCCGAAUUACUCCUCCCACUGGAGCCAAAAUCUAAGCUGAAUCAGGUGGAUAGAGGUGCUUGUCCUCUUCCCGGUUCUUCGAGUGAAAUAUGGAAGGAUAUCGAACUUGACAGUUUUCUUCUUGGGAUAUACAUCUUCGGAAAAAACCUUAUCCUUGUUAAAAAAUUUGUUGAGAGUAAAGCCAUGGGAGAGAUAUUGUCUUUCUAUUAUGGAAAAUUUUACAAGUGCGAUGGAUAUCGUAGAUGGUCAGAAUGCCGAAAGUUACAAAGCAGAUGGUGUGUUCAUGGACAAAAGCUGUUCACUGGGUGGAGGCAACAUGAAUUAUUAUCUCGAUUAUUUUCUCAUAUUUCAAAAGAAUGUCAAGAUAUGUUGCUCGAGGUUUCUAAGAAAUUCGGUGAGGGAAAAGUUACCUUCGAAGAAUAUGUAUUCGCUAUAAGGAACACAGUAGGCAUUGGUAUGCUCGUAAAAGCCGUAAGUAUUGGCAAAGGAAAGCUAGACCUCACUGGCAAUGCUAUGGAGCCAGUAAAAGUGAAUCAUGUAAUUUCUUUUCGUCCCGAAAUACCGGUUGGAAAAGCUUGUUCUAGUCUUACGUCAGCGGAGAUUAUCAAGUUCCUGACUGGAGAUUUUAGGUUGAGCAAAGCUAGAUCUAACGAUCUUUUCUGGGAAGCUGUUUGGCCUCGACUUUUAGCUAGGGGUUGGCACUCUGAACAGCCAAAAGAUCAUGCUUUUUCUGGUUUAAAGAAUUCUCUGGUUUUCCUUGUACCUGGUGUUAAGAAGUUUUCAAGGAGGAGACUAGUGAAAGGAGACCAUUAUUUUGAUUCCGUUAGUGACGUUCUUAAUAAAGUUGCAUCGGAACCGGGCCUUCUUGAGCUUGAAAACGAAGGGCCGAAAGGCAGCGGAGAUGACCUAGAAAAUAAGUUGGACCCUGUAAUAAAACAAGAUCCUGAUACUAUUUCUACAAAAGAUAAACGUAAUUGUUACCUCAAGCCGCGAAAAUCUGGCUGCAACCGAGAUCUAAUGAAGUUUACGAUUGUAGAUACUAGUUUAGUCAGAGGGGCUGAACGAUCUCAAGUUAGAGAGCUCAGAAGCUUACCUCUUGAAGCUACUAGCUUAUCCACCCCCUCUAGUAUUUCCAGCGAUUCCGAGGAGGAUACAUUGGGUGACUCUGAAGAUGAAACAGAAGAGACUAGUACUACAAUUGCCCCCGAGGCUGCCCUGGCUAAUGGGGGAGAAUGUGUCGACGUAUCGGAUUGUGUAAAUAGCAACUCAAAUAUAGUUAUUCCCCACACCUCUGAUACAAGCAUUAUAUCAGCGGAAAAUCGAGAAAACCGCAACAGGAGUCUGCUUCAUGACGUAGAAGAAAAGGUUAAGAAGAAUGAUUUCAGCCAAAAGGUGAAGCGUAGCGAUUCAAAAUAUUCGGUUCCUGUUACUAAACUGCAGGUUUUAACGGAUUGUAUCAAUGGAGAAUCUAGCUGCAGUGUUGAAAACUUUUCAGUUGACAGGAUGUUAAAUGAAAACAAUUCACACUGUAGGUCUAAUUCGCCCGAUGCUUGUGAAGAUAUGGUUAUUGAAACGGGAUCGCAAAACUUGUCACCUGCGAGUUCUAUGUCUAAAGGCAGUCCUGACCGGAGAAAGGAAGGCGUUGUUUCUGAAAACUGCUUGUAUGUAGAAGGAUUUCCGACAAAGACUCAGUCUCAUACAUUGAUAGACUUAAAUGUUCCUCAAGUUUUAACGGGUUUUGAAACCGAUGGACCCUUCUCCGAGAUGGUGCAAAACAGUGACAAUUCUUGUUCACAGAUAUCAUUCUUUCAGUCUGAGAUAACAGUGCAGCCCGAGUCAUUGAAUUCGAAGAUUCCCGAUAAAGGUGCCGACGUCAAUCAGCAUCCUUCACCGCAAAACCUGAGGCAGAGCACUAGGAACCGACCGCUAACCACAAAAGCAUUAGAAGCUCUUGAAUGUGGGUUCUUCAGUCCCAAGAGGAAGAGAAAGCCAGCAGAGGCUUCCCAGAAUAACUCACGACGAGUACGUUCGAGGCCUCAUGUUAGUGCCCAUUUUAGAAACGGUGCUAAUAACCCCAACAUGGGUAAAACUUAGGAUGGUUUCGGCAGUGCCAACAAAACGGCGAGUCAAUCUCACAUCACAAUCCGGUACACCGAGAAAUGAGUGGCGAAUCACGAUACACAAACUGUACCAGAAAGAAACAACACCCACCCACCAUGUCCUCCGAAGCAUUGCGUUUUUCGGUGAUCGCUUCAUUUCCCUAGUCCGUCAUGUAUUCACUGCAACUAACUGCAGACAAAAUCCAGGAGUUCGAAACAUGUUCAUCUUAAACAUAAGUCUGUUUCGACGAUCUGAUUUGGGGUCAUAAUCCCAGAAAGUAGGGCCUUUUUCCAGGCUAAAAACAACUAGCAAAGGUGGUUCUUACUGUCUUCUUCAUAAUUUGACCUGCAAACAGAUGACUGUUAUUUUUCCAGUUAAUUUAUCUCUUUCUCGUAUAAAAUCAUG